UGUGUUGAAUUCCGUUCCUUUUUCUUCAUCUCUUUCUGCCUGCUCUCUUCUUAGACAACUUAUGGGCCACCUGUGAAAAUACUUAAACGUUAUUAGUAUGACUGGUGAAGAGCAGCAUAGCAGUGGCAGUGCGUGGGCGGGAGCUCUAAUAUGAUUGGCUCAGGGACACCGCAAGCCUGAGUGGCAGCAAGUAAUGGGCGCCCUGGAGAGGCAGAUCUUCUGAUGACCUAAUGGAACUGAAUUUACGAGUAGUGCUGUUUUGGGUCCUGGUGCUCCACUGUGGUUCUGCUGAAGGCAGUAUCCUGUACCGGGUCCAAGAGGAGCAGCCUCCCAACACUCUUAUUGGUAGCCUGGCAGCAGACCAGGGCCUGCCAGACUCUGGUCAUCUCUACAAGCUGGAGGUGGGUGCCCCUUACCUUCGUGUUGAUGGAAAGACGGGAGACAUUUUCACCACAGAAAUUCCCAUAGACAGAGAGACCCUGAGGGACUGUCGAUCCCUGGCUAAGGGUAAGCCCUGCUACCUGGAAUUUGAAGUAUCAGUGACAGAUCUGAUACAAAACCAGAGCCCACGACUUAUUGAAGGACGCAUUGAGGUACAGGACAUCAAUGACAACACUCCACAAUUUCCGUCUUCUGUUCUCACCAUCUCUGUCCCAGAGAACACGAUCAUGGGGGCACUAUUCUCCAUACCUCUAGCUACAGACAGGGAUUCGGACAAGAAUGGUGUGGCGGAUUAUGCUCUGACUGCAGGGCCAGACGCAGCAACCCUAUUUGGUUUACAGGUGGCUGACGACAGGGGGGGGAAGCUACCACAGCUCAUUGUCCUGGGCAACCUAGAUCGCGAGUUAAAGGAUUCCUAUGACCUCACCAUCAAGGCAGUGGAUGGAGGAAACCCUCAGCGCUACAGCAGUGCUUUGCUGAGGGUGGUAGUCACUGAUGCUAAUGAUAACUCUCCCAAGUUUGAAAAGUCCACGUAUGAGGCGGAAGUGUCGGAAAACAGUCCAGUGGGGCACUCUGUGUUGCAGGUCAAAGCAAAUGACUCUGACAUGGGCCCUAAUGGAGAAAUUGAGUACACCCUUCACCAAGCAGUAGACCCAGUGCCGAAACUCUUACGAAUUGAUCGGUCCACUGGCAUUAUCUAUGUCAAAGGACCACUGGACAGGGAGGAAAUCAGCAGCCUGUCCUUCUAUGUGGUGGCAAGGGAUAAGGGUCCUCAACCGAAAAGCUCAAAGACAUUUGUAACCAUUGAGGUGACUGACCAAAAUGACAAUGCUCCAGCUGUUGAGAUUCGUGGGAUUGGCCUUGUGACACACAGUGAAGGAGUGGCUAACAUUUCAGAGGACAUGCCAGUAGGAACCGCCGUUGCUUUGGUGCAAGUGUCUGACAAGGAUGAGGGAGAGAAUGCUGUAGUCACUUGUGUGGUCGCAGGAGAUGUGCCCUUCCAGCUCCGCCCUGCCAGUGACUCAUCCAGUGACAACAAGAGGAAGUAUUUCCUACAGACCACCACUCCUCUGGACUACGAAAGGGUUAGAGACUACCGAGUAGAGAUUGUGGCUGUGGAUUCUGGAAAUCCAGCACUCUCUAGUACAAACUCUUUGAAGGUGCAGGUGACUGAUGUGAACGAUAACUCGCCAAUAUUCUCCCCAACCUUGUUUGAGGUAGAUUUUGCCGAAGAAAACCAACCAGGGGAGAAGGUUUUGGAUGUUACAGCUUCAGAUGCUGACAGUGGCACUAACGCAGAACUGCUCUAUAAUAUUUUGGCAGACUCAUCCAUCAAAGGCCUGUUUGAGAUUGACCCAAAUACAGGCGAAGUAAGAGCCCGUAGCCCGCUUGACCGUGAGCAUAAAGAACACUAUGAGUUCCGGGUCACAGCGGCAGAUAAAGGGUCACCUGUUCAUAAAGGAACAGCAACUGUUGUAAUAAAAGUCCUUGACCGCAAUGACAAUGACCCUAAGUUCAUGCUCAGUGGCUACAGCUUUUCAGUUUUGGAAAACAUGCCUCCCCUUAGUCCAGUUGGGAUGGUAACAGUACUGGAUGUGGACAAAGGUGAGAACGCUCACGUUCACCUCUCUGUAGAGCCUGAUGGAGGGAAGUUUGUUGUUCAAAAUGGAACCGGCACCAUUCUUUCAAGCAUCUCAUUUGACAGGGAGAAAGAAAGCAGCUAUACUUUCCGUCUAAAAGCAGUGGAUGGAGGAGAGCCACCCAGGUCUUCAUAUGUGGGUGUUACAAUCAAUGUACUGGAUGAAAAUGACAAUGACCCCGUGGUCACCAAGCCCUCCAAUUCUUCCUUCAGGCGCUUGUCACCUCUUGCUUCUCCAGAUAGCCAUGUUGAGGUAGUGGAAGCUGAAGACCUGGAUAGUGGGCCUAAUGCAGAGCUUGUCUUCAGUAUUGCUGGUGGAAACCCAUACCAGUUAUUUCGAAUCUCCCCCUCCAGUGGGGAAAUCACUCUAGCAAAAGAGAUGACCCGAAAACAUGGUGGACUACAUCGCCUAGUGGUGCGAGUGAGUGACAGGGGGAAGCCUGCACGUCAUGCCACUGCCCUGGUCCACAUCUAUGUCAAUGAAACCAUUUCAAAUGUCAGCUUAGUGGAGGCUCUAGUUGGACACAGUCUUUAUACUCCACUGGACAGGGACAUUGCUGGUGAUCCUGACAAUGUUUUUGCUGCACAGCGUAGUAACAUUUUGUUUGGAAGUCUUGCCGGCGUGGCAGGUGUUGUCAUGUUGAUCUUGGUGGUGGUAUUUAUUCGUCACCGCAUCCAGAGAGAAACAAAGAGUGGUUAUCAGGCUGGCAAGAAGGAAACAAAAGACUUAUAUGCACCCAAACAGGCACCAAAGAAUGCCAAAGGCAAGCGAGGAAGGAAAGGAAAACCCCAGAAGUCCCCAAAACCACUCGGGGAAGAGGAGGAGGUUAGCCUUCAAAAGAGUCUCAAGUUCAACCUCGAUGGAGUCAACGAUAGCCCGAGGAUACACCUGCCCUUAACAUAUUCGCCAGGAAGCCCUGAUAUAGGCAGGCACUACCGCUCCAACUCCCCUUUACCUUCCAUUCAGCUGCAGGCCCAAUCCCCCUCAGCAUCACAGAAGCAUCAGGCUGUCCAGGACCUUCCUGCCGCCAACACCUUUGUGGGCACAGGAGGAGAUGACAACUCUACCGGGUCAGACCAGUACUCAGAUUACAGUUACAAGACCAGCCAACAGAAGUAUAACAACAAACAGCAUUCCCAUCGGCGAGUGACCUUCUCCACCGCCAACCCUGUGCAGGACCUGCAGGAUGCCUCUCAGCACAGCUACUAUGACAGCGGCUUGGAGGAAUCCGAGACUCCCAGCAGUAAGUCAUCUUCUGGUCCUCGCAUCGGACCCCUGACCCUGCCUGAGGACCACUAUGAGAGAACCACUCCAGAUGGCAGCAUUGGAGAAACCGAGCACCCUGAAAAUGAUAUCCGCUCCCUCCCUGAUGUGGCAAUGACCGGAAACUGUACAACCGAGUGCAGCGAAUUGGGCCACUCAGACGCCUGCUGGAUGCCCGGGCAUCCCUCCCCAGUCCGCAAGACCAGGAACCCCCCGAAACUCUCCACCUUCGUGCCUUACCAGGAGAGAGGGAGCCUGGGACGCCUGGCAAACGGGAACGCCAGGCUGGGUGGUGAGGAGCAUCGGCCGCGCCUUCCGCCUUCCCGUAGUGCCUAUUCCAACAGUGGUCACGACGCCAGUCAGGACUGCCCCUUAGAGGAGAUGCCCCUGAGCGUAGCCUCUGAGUUCCCACCCACCUCCCCUUCUGCCCACACUCCAAAAAGAGAAAUUUACCUGUGAGGAAUACCAUCAUCCGAUUGGUGCACAAAUGAAGAAAAGAUACACCCACUCCAGAAGGAGAAACAGGCUGUUCACAUGCUAAAGCCAAUGCCCGUUUUGUAGGUAACAAUAGGCUGUGACUCAUUCAAUCACUGGCAUGAACACUUGUUUUUUUGUCAUUUCCUCCUUAAAUUAUUAAUUUAUUAGCAUAUUUAUUAAGAAUUCCACAAAGUUAAUUGAUGCACUCACUCAUUUAUUCAUACAAAAUCCUGAAGGAUACAAUUCAAACAGAUCAAAAGGAAAUCCAGAUGGUAAUUGCUACUUUCGUAGUAACUAAUUAUCGUUGUAGUUAGCCAAGUCCCAUUCUGUGAAGUGAUCUCUUGAAUUUGAAAGUUGUGAUCAGUGCU